AUGGGCGCCAAAGUGGUGAUUUUAUUCAUGACAAUUAUCAUUCUACUUUACCCUUUGGCAGAGGCAGUAGAAUCAGACAGACAUCGCCAACAACUGCCUCCUGACAACCAAAUGUAUUUGGAGGAGACCAUGGAUGAGGACACGGCAGAACUAUUAUGGGUGAACUGUGGAGCAGAGUUGAUGUACACAAUGGAGGCUUUUGAAGAUCUUGAAUAUUGUGGUUGUGAUAAAAGCAUUACAGGAAAAGAAAGAAUAAUAAAAGCUAUAAAUGUCCAUGACCCACAUGUAAAGAAAACUAUACUGGAUUGCUUGAAGGAGAAACGUAUUGUUUUAUCCAAACUCAGAAAAGAUAAACUUUCUACAACAACAAGUUUGUACGUAGAGUAUCUAGUUUCCUUUUUAAGCAAGCCUAAUAUUAUUAUUGAUCAUAUUCAUGGAAGACGAAAGUUGGGUGAAACUGUUAGCCAAGGCACGGUUGUUGUUGCUGUAAUCGUUACUGCAAUCUUCACUAUGUGUCUCGCUGGCCUUCUCUUUUAUUGUUACAUUAGAAAGCAUGGUGGAAUUCAAAAUAAUGAUGAAAAGCCUCUUCUCAGUUUAAGUAUGGGUGGUUUCCGAAGAAAGUCUACUGACAACCAAUCAAAUGGACAGAAAAAUGAUUCGUCAAUGGAUGCUAGAGUCUCUGUUGAUCCAGAUGCUUUUGGAAUUCCAAACGCUAAUGAUGGGUCAUCUUUGGAUCCUUCUUUGCAACCACCAAGGGUAAAAGAGUCUUUGCGCCAUACUUUAAAGCCUCGAGCAGUUAGGGCAGAAUCAUCUUUGCGGCCUACCGGAAAAACGGAAUUUGCUCUACGGCCUUCUGCCGGAAACACAGGGUCUCCGGUUGGGGUUGGUGGAACAAAAUCAUCUCCACACCCCGAAUCGUCUGCACAACAACCACUGCCUAUCGGAUCUUCUCUUGCUCCACCUGCUCCUGCCGUUGAUACUCCUCCACCUCCAGCUCAUGUUGUCCCUCCUGUACAGCUUACCGAACCUAAACCUCAUUCUGCUGAGCUGCCACCUCCUCAAACUCAAGGUGUGUCGCCUCCUCAUUCUCAAACUCAAGGAGCGUUGCCUAUUCCUUCUCAAACUCAAGGAGCGCCGCCUCCUCCUUAUCAAACUCAAGGAGCGCCGCCUCCUCCUUAUCAAACUCAAGGAGCGUCACCACCUCCUUCGCAAACUCAAGGAGCACCGCUGCCGCCGCCACCAACCGGGGGAAUACCACCCCCACCGCCACUAUCAGUUGAAGGAUCAGGAGCACCACCUCCACCGCCACCUACCGGAGGAUCGGGAUCAGGAGCAGGAGCACCUCCUCCACCGCCCAAACUUGGCUGGAAUGCAGGUGCACCUCCACCUCCUCCUCUACGUGGAUCUGUGGCACGACCAUUAAGUGCAGCCUUGAGACUUCGCCGGACAGAGCAAGUUGAUGCUUCUAAAGCUAAGCUAAAGCCAUUCUUCUGGGAUAAGGUUAUGGCUAAACCUGAUCAACAAAUGGUUUGGGAUAAGAUCAGAUCAGGAUCAUUUCAGUUCAAUGAAGAAAUGAUUGAAAGCUUAUUCGGGUAUCAAGCGGCUGAAAAAAACAAAGAUCAAGACACAAAGAAUGCUGCCACGAAAAACAAAGAUCCCCCUGUGCAUUUCGUUCAAAUUAUUGAUCCAAAAAAGGCACAAAAUUUGUCUAUUCUCCUAAAAGCACUUAAUGUGACAACAGAAGAAGUUUCUGCUGUGCUUAUAGAAGGAAAUGAGUUACCAAUAGAAAUCGUUCAAACUUUGCUAAAAAUGGCGCCCACUAGUGAAGAAGAAUUGAAGCUGAGGUUAUACGAUGGGGAUCUUCAUCGACUUGGACCUGCAGAACGAUUUCUAAAGGUUUUGGUUGAAAUACCUUAUGCAUUCAGAAGACUAGAAUCCUUGUUAUUCAUGUGCACACUUCAGGAUGAGGAAUCCAACAUCAAAGAAUCCUUGGAAACCUUAGAGGCUGCUUGUGUCCAACUUAAAAAAAGUCGGUUGUUCCUCAAACUGUUGGAAGCUGUACUAAAAACUGGGAACCGUAUGAACGUGGGAACAUUCCGUGGCAGUGCAACCGCUUUCAAACUGGACACACUUUUGAAACUAUCAGAUGUCAAAGGAGUCGAUGGAAAAACAACUCUUUUGCACUUUGUAGUUCAAGAGAUUAUGCGAUCAGAAGGUAUACGGGCAGUCCGGUCAGCCAAAGAAGGGAAAAGCAUCUCCAAUAUCAAAACCGAAGAUCUUCUUCUAGAACCUCCUCCUGAAGAAGCCGAUGAACAUUACUGCAAAUUAGGGCUUGAAGUUGUUUCAUGUUUGAGUAGCGAACUUGAGGAUGUCAAAAGAGCGGCGAUUAUUGAUGCAGAUGGGUUGACGAGUUCGGUUUCGAAACUCGGGAAUGCGCUUUUGAAAGCACGUGAAUCGCUGAAUACGGAUAUGAAGAUUUUGGAAGAACAAUUGGAAGAGGAAGUGGAUGAGUUUUGGUUGAUUUUGUCGACUUUUGUUGAGAAUGCUGAGAAGCAGAUUACGUGGAUGCUUGAGGAAGAAAAGAGAAUAAUGGCGCUUGUGAAAAGUACAGCGGAUUACUUUCAUGGGAAAUCUGGGAAGGAUGAAGGGUUGAGAUUAUUCACGGUUGUUCGGGAUUUUUUAAUUAUUUUGGAAAAAGUAGUUAAAGAGAUUCAGGCUGCACCUAUCAAGCCACUAAAGAAGAAAGAUGACAUGUCAUCGGGUACACAAAAGAAAGAGGACAUGUCAUCGGAUCCUGAAAGAAAAGAUGAUCAGAAUCAGGCGACGAAUGGAGGACCUACGUUGACCCGGAUACCGAAUUGUCAAAUUCCUUCUCCUCCAGAUUAA